AUGCUCUUCUGCUGGGGGAGCGGUUCCUCCGGCCGGCCAGGCUGGGGCAAGAAACGGGCAUGCCAGCUGGUCCCCCUCCGACGCGCUCCGCCGGAGGUUGGGGGCCAAGAGGUGGCCCGGGUGGCUUGCCGGGGGCGGCACCCGCUCCUGCCUCUCGCCGACGGGAGCCUGGCUUCUUGCGGGGACAACACCCAGGGGCAGCUGGGGAACAGGCUCCCCGCGGGACAGCGGAGACGCUACGUGCCAGAACAAAUCCAUGCCCUGGAAGCCCAGACUAUCAUCUACAUAAGCUGUGGAAAGGAACAUUCAUUGGCCGUCUGCAACCAAGGGAGGGUAUUUUCAUGGGGAGCUGGUGGUUUUGGACAGCUUGGCACUGGAAAACUAGAAGAUGUUUUCGUUCCAAAGAAAAUAAAUUCUUUAUCUAUGUACACUGUUAUACAAGUUGCUUGUGGACACUAUCACUCCAUAGCACUAACCAAAGAUGGUCGAGUUUUUUCAUGGGGACAGAACGUACAUGGUCAGCUGGGCCUUGGUAAAGAAUUUUCAUCCCAAGCUAAUCCAUGUAACAUUUCCUCUCUGGCUGGCAUCCCCUUGGCUCAGGUGGCUGCUGGUGGGGCACACAGCUUUGUCUUGUCCCAUUCUGGAAUAGUCUAUGGCUGGGGAAGGAACAAUGCACAUCAGCUGGGCUUGAGUCAGAAGACAGCAAAAGAACAGGUCUUCAAACCCUACUCAAUAGGUGCCCUGAGGAACCUUGAAGUGACUUAUGUUAGCUGUGGAGAUGAACAUACUGCUGUUCUCACCAAGAGUGGCAGUGUUUUCACAUUUGGAGAUGACAGUGCUGGACAAUUAGGACGCAACUCUUCAACUCCAAAGACUGGUCCUCAGAAAGUUGAUGAGAUUGAUGGUCCAGUUUCCCAUGUGUCAUGUGGAAGCUAUCACACUCUCUGUGUCUCUGCUUCUGGGCAACUCUGGUCUUUUGGACGUGGACCUCUGCAGCACAGGGAAAGUCCAGGAUUGGACAGCAGACAGGAGGAGAGAAAGUGUAUUGACCUCAGUGCUCUUCUGGAGCGUAAUGUAUUGUUGGGAGCCCAAGUUUUUGCUGGAACAUAUGUCAACUUUGUCAAUAUAUUUCAGGCUUCUGCAUGUAGAAACACAGCUGCCUCUUUGGAAGUCUUGCCUAGGAUCAGCCAACUGGACAGAGGACUGAUUGAGAAAUGGAAGUCAGCAGAAGUAGGAAGUAAAACACAGAAGAAUGCUAAAAGGGAGAUAGAAGCAAUCUUUUCCUCACCUCCUUGUUUAACAGCAAGCUUUUUAAAACCAAGAUCUGGUGUGUCGAUGGACUGUUAUAUCCCAGUGGAUAUGCAAGAAGCAAGAGAAGUUUUGAAGGAACUUACUGUGAGAGAUUGGAUUGCUAGUCAGAUCUCUUCUUCUCUAUUGAACCACCUACUCCCUGCUCUUCCACUGAGUUCUCCUCACCAAGAAGCUCUUGCUAUUUUUCUUCUGGUGCCUGAGUGCUCUGCUGCUUUUGAAGCCCAAAAGGUUCUGUCGUUAGCUCUGCGUUUUGCAGAAGCUAUCACAGGUCUGAACGAGUGCUCUUCCAACAUUCUAGAAAAUUAUUGGUCAUUGUUGCCAGGUCCAUUUUUAGAGCAGAUAGUUCAAAUGUUGAAGAAGGGUGUGUCAGCUAUGUUGCCUCUUUACUACACUUGUCACAAAAGCCAGAUAUGGAUUCACCUCCUCAAAGUGCUUAAAAAGCUAUAUAAGGUCAACAUGAAGGCUAAAUGCAAACUGCAAAUAAGUACCUUCUGCCUAGAUGAAAUUCCUAAAAAAAUUAGCAUCGUGGAAGAUUUAAGGAGAUGGAAGGAGUGGAUUGAAAACAAUAAUAUCAAAGAAGAAGAAAGCCUCAUCUCUUUCUGCCGCUUUCCUUUCGUCUACAAUGUACCAAGCAAGAGGGAAAUACUUUAUUAUGGGGCCUUUGUUGUACAACAGAACUUCAAAAGAAACACUCACAAUGAUUUGAUCCGCAACCUAACGCUGCAAACCAGUGAACUUCCAGAAAUACCUACCUUUCAACUGAAAGUGCGACGCCACAAUCUCAUUGAAGACACGUGGCGCAAACUGAAUAUAGUAGAGGACAUUUGCCUGAAAAAGCAACUGCUGAUUCAGUUUGAAAAUGAAAUGUCUGGUUAUGGAGGUAUGAGUAUCCUGGUGGAAUUCUUUUCACUGGUGUUUAAGGAGGUGGUGCGGCCAGACUAUGGGAUGUUUAUGUAUUGUGAACACAAUUCCCCAAUGUGGUUCCCUCCCAAGCCUUCUGUGGAGAAGAAAAAAUAUUACCUUUUUGGUAUUCUCUGUGGACUCUCCAUAGCCAACGGAGUCACGUCCUACAUACCAUUCCCACUUGCUCUCUUUAAAAAGCUGCUUAGCAAGAGACCAACUCUCAGUGAUGUGAAAGAACUAAGCCCUGUCCUAGGAAAAUGUUUGCAGGCAGUUCUUGAUUAUGAACAUGAAAAUCUUGAAGACGUUUUUCAGCUGUGUUACUCUAUUUCCUGGGACAAAAUGGAUGUAGACUUAAUUUCAAAUGGCAUUUUGACAGCUGUAAACAAUGCCAAUAAGAAAGACUUUGUCGACAAAUAUGUGGAUUACAUAUUCAACAAAUCAGUGGAAGAUGUUUUCAGAGAGUUCAAGAGAGGAUUUUACAAAGUCCUUGAUGAACAACUAGUUGACAUCUUUGAGCCUGAACAACUGAGGGAAGUGGCAAUUGGAAAUGCCAGUUAUGAUUGGCAUUUGUAUGAAGAGAAUGCUGUGUACGGUGGCAUAUACAGCCCAACGCACCCAACCAUAAAGAUGUUCUGGGAGGUUUUUCAUGAGCUGACUUUGGAGGAUAAAAAAGGUUUUCUGUCGUUUGUUGUAGGAGGUGACCGGAUCUCUGUGACAGGAAUGAAAUCCUGGAAGAUAACAAUUCACCCACAUGACUUACCUUCAGAUGAUCUUAUCCCCGAGGCCCAGACCUGUUUUCAUCUUUUGCAGCUGCCAACUUAUUCAACAAAACAAAAACUGAAAGAGAAGCUUCUGUUGGCUAUCAAGAACAAUCGGGGCUUUGGCAAAUGUUGGAGAAUAGUCUAAAACAGGAACUUGGAGAUGUCACCUUUGUAGCUCUAUCCUUCUUUUGGCCUCAGAUGUGAGGACAGAUUGUUCCAAGGAAUUUGGUCAGAUGAUUGUUCAGUGAUUUUCCUGCAUUAAAGAUGUAAUAUUUAGAAAUAAAGUGGUCAUGUACAAUAUAAAAUCAAAUAUAUAGUACUUUGAAAAUA